AUGUACGGCCAGCCCAGACAGUCGCUCUACCCGGGCGGGCCAGGCGGCAUCGACAUGGCCGCAUCGACGGCCACUUCGUCCUCUGGCCCCGCCAACGUGCCCAUCUCGACGCAGAUCCUCCAGCUCGACCAGGAGAUCACCACUGUCCUCCAGGAGAUCGACCAGAACUUCACCACCUGCCACCAGAUUGUCACAUCCCGCAUCCUCCCGGCCGUCAACCGGUACGGCGUCGCAAGCGCUCGCACGUGGCAGGGCGCCAAGUUCUGGAAACACUUCUUCGAGGUCUCGGCCGACGUCGCCCUCACCGCCCGCGUAGACGACCAGGGCGACGGCUACGACGACGGAGAUACGGGCCAGGGCAACGCUUCGUACGAGCAGAGCACCACGCUCGACGGCGAGUCCGAGGCGCACACCACCUUCCAUAGCGACGACGUCACGGCCUCGCCCCGCUCCGACGCCGGCACCGAGCUCUACGACCAAUCCAUCGACCAGCCCCACCCUCGCAGGGGCGCCAGACACGGCGCGGCGGCAACAGGCGACGACAGCGGCGAGAUCAGCGCCUUUGAUUCGGCUGCGGCUGGCCCGCGUCGCAGCUCGCCGCCUCGCUUCAGCAAUGCCUCGAUGGCGGCAGCGGCCCGUCGCGAGGCAGACAAGAAGAAGCAGCAACAACAACAACAGCAGCAGCAGCAGGACCUCGAUGGCGGCGACGCCUCGUUUGCCGAUCCGACAGAGUCGCCGUUUGAGAGGCUGCGACGUGAUCUCACCCAGGAUCUGGGCCGACCAGACGACAGCAACAACGACAGCAUCCUCCACGCCCACGAAAAGCAAUCGGCCCUUGCAUCCAGGGGCAGCGGUGCCAACCGCGUCUACUACGACGACGUCACAAACGACCAGACCAUUGAGGUGGAUCGCUCGCAGCUGGCACAGGACGUAGAGAACCUCGACAUCUCUCGCACCGGAUACCACGGCGCAGGCGACGUCUCCGGCUCGUCUUCGAUCGCACCGCCUCCGCGACUCUCGAAGCCGAUCGGCUCUAGCUCGCCCGGCCGCCACGCAAAGCGGCCUGCCGCCACCACGCCGCGGUCCCGCGGUCCGCUGCUCAACAAGGUGCUCAACUCGGAGCAGCGGAAGCGCGAUGCCGGCGGCUCAGGCCGCCGGCCGCGCGACUCGUUGCCACGCUUCGAGGUGACUCCGCGUGGCAGCUCGUCUGCCUCGAACCCGUUUGCGCAGCCUGCCAGCGUCAAAAUGUGGAACGGCAUCGUGGACCUGCGAAAGACGCCGCUCACCUCGAGAAUGCAAAAGAGCAAGGGCAGCGCCGGCAACAACGGCGGCGGUGCCAGCGGCAACCGAGGCAAAGAACCGAGCCGGCGCGACAACGGGUCGGAGUGGGACUCGGCAGAAGAGGAUGGCGAGGACAACAACUCGUAUGCUUGGCCGGCAGGCAUGUCUCCGCCCAUGACGAUGCAGUUCUCGGUGCCGCAGAGCAAGUACGCGAAGACGCCGGCCAAGGAGGCGGCCAAGCUCAUGGUCGAGGAUCUCCUGAAGAGCGUAGGCGCCACGAGGUCGGUCGGACAGGCCAAUCCUCGAGCGCCGGCUUCGGCAUCGACGUCGAAAGGCCGCGCAAACAGCAGCAGGGAGACGCCGGGCCAGCCAAGGGGCAACUCGGCCGCACCCGGCAGCGCCGCCAGCACUGCCAGCAGCAGCCACCCGCCGCGGGCAGGCUCGGCCCGGCCUGCAGGUCCCGUAGACACGCCACUGCAGCGAAGCAAGAGGGAAGCGAAGGCCGUGGACAGGGCGGCAGCAGCGGCGGGACGGCAUCGCCGUCGAGAUUCCAUGCCGACGCCGCCGACGCUGACCAAGAGGGGUCCGUCGCUCUCGGCAGCUGGUGGUGGCGGCGCGACGUCGUCGAGGCCUCGCAUGUCGACGACACCCGAGGUGACUCCGCAGGCCGGGUCGUUUGCCGCCAACUCGAGCGGCAGCCUGUUGCGCCGUGGACCUGCCGGCGCCGGUCUGGACGGGUCGGAAGCCAGCAGCGCGGCGGCGAUGCUGAUGGACGAAGACGAGGGUCUCACGACGGGACGAGGACGACGGGCGAUGGGACCUUCUUCGUCCGAUGACGGGUACGACGACGAGGAGGAGGAACAGGAGGUUCCUGCCAACCUCGGCACCAAGCUGAGCGCAGUGGCGCUCCAGUCGCAGAUGGGCGGUGCCGCCGCCUCUGCCGCAGGCGGAGGGGCGGCGGUGCACGCGCUGCCGGAGGAGGACGAAGACUCGUCCGAGGACUCGUCGCUCGACUCGGACGACGAUGACGAGGAGGACGACGAAGACGACGACGGCGGUCUCCAGGCGCCGGGAUCCGUGGCGAGCUCUCGCUUCUCCUCGUCUUCCAACAACUACAACAACCAGCCGGGCAACGCCAACGUCACGGCGACGGCGACGGGGACGGGCUGGUCGACGUCUAGCUUCUCCUCCAACUCGCGCGUCGGCGGCGGUGGGGCGAGGAGCAUCGAGGACGAUACGCUGUUUGGCGUGCCCAAGCCCCAGCCGCGCGACGAGGGGGCGAGCGGUGGCGGCGGUGGCGGCGGUGGUGCGGGGCUGAGGAACCCGUUCAGCUCGCUCGCACCGUCCUCCUCGUCAUCGGCGACGGCGGCAGCGGCAGCGGCGGCGGGCGGAGGUGCGAGACGAGGAGGAGCGGGCGAUGGAGAAGGUGGCGGUGCAGCAAGAGACUUUGUCGUCUGGGGCCAGGUCGACGAGAUGGGCACCGUACACGGCGGUCGGCCUUUGAUUGAUCGAGACGAUACCUACUCGGCGCCCAGCCCGACGCCGAUGCACUUCAGUCAGGCUGCGCGACGAUGA